AACAAUUUUCUAAAAAAAUAGAGAUAUCUGGAAAAAAGCUGGAAUUGUCAAGGAAUUUUUUUCCAGGAUUCUAAUAGAAACCCUGUCUCAGAGCACAACACGCACAAAAAGUUGGCGCUUCAUUGAAUGGACACCCAUGUCAAUUUCAGUGUGAAAUUUUACUCGAACCGAGACACAACGAUGCUGAAUAAUUUUUCUCUUCUCAUUCUGAAUCUUGCAUUAUAUUUCUCUUUUAAAUAACACUAAAAACGGAUUUUUUUAAGUUAAUGUAAAAUUUAAUGAACAUUAGAAAAUGUUAAUAAUGAGUUCUGUGUACUUAAGUGUGAAAGUUUGUUUUUAUUUAAUCGUGGUUGAUAUAUUAUCAAAUGUUGUGAUUGGGGCUCCUCAUUCUUCUAGUUCGACAAAAGCCGUUUCAGAAAGUGAGUCUGUUGAAGAUGUAGAAGACAGGUCGACAGAAGAUAUUCCAGUACCCAAAAUUUCGAGGAAAGAACUUUACGAAAUACUACAAAAACGUCAAUUUUUCCAGGAUAUCUUCUCUGCUCACUUGGCCCCUUUAAAAUUUGAAUUUGGUCACGUUUGUGAAAAUCCAACUGAGUGGGAGCAACGUUUCGAACAGAAGGACUUCAAAAAAAAUCGUCAUCAAGGCAAAAUCUUAUGGGGUAAUGUCAAUGGAAAUUAUGGAGAACACUAUUGGGAUCUGGCUUCCGGAAGAUAAUAUUAAUAAAAAAAGUAUUAUAAUAAAGUAAGAUUAAU